GUGUCAUAUUUCCCGGCCGAAGAAAUAGUUACUCCAAUAUUUUUUUAUCAUAGUACUCGUUAAGUAGCACAGUUUCCGCUUUUAAUUAACGCAUUAAUUAUGUAUUAAUUAGUGAGUGUAAUAUUUAAGAUUAAGCCACAAGAAACAGUGUAGAAAAUGGCAGUGCUCGGUGCACAAUUGGUGCUUACACUUUUAACCUUGAGUGUUAUACAAAAGAUAAGUCCACAUUUUUCCUUUGCCAAGUGGUUAUUAUGCGCGACAGGCCUUUAUAGAUAUUUACAUCCUUCGGACGAUGAGCUACGUACGUUAGCUGGUGUGCCUAAAGAGAAGCACACGAAAGGUGGCGGCAAAGGUAAUAAGGGAUAUGAGACACGAAAUGGCACGGGACAAUUUCACAUACCACGUAAUUUAGAAGUGCAACUUGAGACAACACCAGUGGUAGCACGCGAUGUUGUGCAUCUCAGAUAUUACACUGAAUACCAGUGGCUGGUAGAUUUUAGCGUUUAUGCAGCAGUUGUGUAUAUUUUAUCAGAGGUCUAUCACUACUAUUUUCCACUGAAAAAUGAGUUCAACCUAAGCAUGAUUUGGUGCCUGUUGGUUGUCUUCUUUUCGCUCAAACUACUCUCGUCGCUUACAUGGUUGUAUUUUCAAAAUGAAGAGUCGAUCGGUGAACGUUCCAUGGUAAUAGUCGCCUGCUUAGUUUACCUACUAAUUGCUAUGAUUGUACUCAUCAUUGAUGAACGCCACCUUGAGACGGGGCUGGAACACGCAUAUAGUAGCUUUAACGCGAGUGCUUCAGAGUUCCUUGCGGCACAGGGUUUGCCCUCUUCUGGUCCCGCAUCCAAGCUGAUUGUGAAACUCUGCAUGGCAGUUUGUUGCGGCCUUUUAGGUGCAAUCUUCACCUUCCCAGGUUUACGCAUGGCAAAAAUGCAUUGGGACUCUUUGAAAUACUGCAGCGGUCGUAAAACAUUACAACUACUACUCAAUAUCAGUUUUAUAUUGCCUUUUCUGUUGAUAAUACUCUGGAUCAGACCUAUAAGCAGAGAAUAUCUGACUGAACGUGCAUUCGAGGGCAUGCAGAAACCAUUGCUUUCAGUGGAGGCAUUCGAAACAAUGCGCCUCAUUAUUGUCGUUUUAGUAGUUUUACUACGUUUCGCCUUAAUACCCAUCUAUUUGCAAUCUUAUUUAAAUCUAGCGCAUGACAAAAUCGUCGAUUUACGCAAAGAAGCCGGUCGCAUUACAAAUGUGGAGUAUCAGAAGAAGAUUUCCUCCAUAUUCUACUACCUCUGCGUGGUCACACUGCAAUUCGCCGCACCGCUGUUGCUCUGCUUAUAUCUCACUUUGAUGUACAAAAGCUUAGGUGAAUUUACUUGGGCUGGCAUACUGAAAAGCAGCAACAGUAGCAGCAUUUGCACAGAUAUGUGUCCAUUAAGCGAGGCGGCUUCGGUCGUUGAUGAAGUAGAGUUGGCAGGUACGACAGCUUUGCCGCCAGUUGCCACAACAAUAAUGAGCAGCAUGCCAGCGUCCGAUAGUGGUGAACAUAUUCAAGGCGAAGAUUUCAAUAUUUUAGAAUCUGCAAAUGCUAUACAUGCGCAAUGGAUUAGUUUAAAAAAUGUUUUCAACGCGGACGUGUACAAAGGUUUUCUGGGCUUUGCCAGCUGGUGGAGUUAUUUUACACUUUUCACCUCCUCAGCUUUGGGUAUUGUGUACCAAUCAUAUUUUAGCAACACGUGAAGCUUCAUUUUGUUGACAGUCAAGCACAUAUAUUUGCAUAGUUUGGCAUUUUUUCGAAUUUGUUAUCAUUUUGAAAGUUUUUGAUUAGGAUAUUAUGUAAUU